AUGUCCUUUUGUGAAGGUGGUUGGGCUGCCUCUCUCAGCCACCAUUUCUCUCGCACGGCUGAUGUAGUGCUAAGAGGGUAUAGUGGGUACAAUACUAGGUGGGCUCUUAAAGGGGCGGAGAGGAUAUUUCCGCCGGUGGGAAGUGGUGGUGCACAGCCAUCGGCUUUUACGGUGUUUUUUGGUGCUAACGAUGCUUCCCUUUCCGAUAGAUACGCUGCCUUUCAACACGUGCCUCUCCACGAAUACAAGCAGAACCUUCACUCUAUCAUCUCAUUUUUCAAGCAAUGGAAUAUGGUGGACCUGGUGGUCCAUGUACUAUUUGAUGUGUUCAAACUUGUUCGUUUAUAUGGAUCCCUAGAUGUUGUCACCGAACAGAACAUUUUAGGCUUUUAUUUUGGAAGAUUUGUUUUUGGCUUGAAAGUAGCUAGAACACAGUUGCACGCUACAUUGGUGAUAGAGAUGAUGUCGAGCUGCUCUAGAAGUAGACAUCAAUUGACAUAUAAUGACUUGCCCUUUGGACCUCUCCAACCUUUGUGCUCACUAGGAAGUGGGGUUGGAUCCCAAUUUGCCUAUAGAAGCGUUGGCCAGAGACUGUCAUUAUCCUCAUUACUCCUCCUCCAAUUGACGAAGAUGCACGCCUCCGAGAACCCGUCAGGUCUGCCUGAGAGGACAAAUGAAGCUGCUGGUGCUUAUGCUAAGGCAUGCAUUUCUGUUGCCAAAGAAUGUGGAUGCCCAGCGGUAGAUCUAUGGACCAAAAUGCAAGAGUUUCCUGACUGGCAGAAAGCUUAUCUAAGUGAUGGCUUGCACCUCACUCAGACCGGCAACAGGUUUGUGUUCGAGGAAGUGGUCAAGAUACUGAAGGAGCAGGGCAUAAGUCCAGAAAAUUUGCCAGUUGAUCUCCCACUUUUUGCCAACAUUGACCCUAAUGAUCCACUCAAAGCAUUUCAGGAUUACUGA